AUGGAAGAAGUCCGUAGAGAUUUAUUAAAAUUAAUUGAUGAUUGGAAUGCAAGCCGUUUGGAUUUAUUUCAUCUGUCGAAACCCAACGAAUACCUGGAAUUCUUAGGUGUAAUGAGAUUUUUCUUCCAAGAUGAUGAAAUGAAAUUUCAAACAAAGUGUUUGAGGGUAUCGAGUAUCAUGAAAACUAGUGAGAUUAUUCCUUUACUUCUGGAGAAGUUUUACCUUAUUUCUAUACACCUCGAUCCUCAAAAAUGUGGAUUAUAUGAACACUUCACAAAUUCAGAAAGAAAAUUAGAACCUGAUGAAUAUCCUCUUCUUGUUCAAUUGAACUGGACUAAACUUGGACAAGAAGGAAAAUUCAUUUUAAAAGUAGACUCUCCACUCAGUAACCGCAAAUCCAAUGACGGUUGUGGUCCACGUCUUCGAAAACAUGGUGAUGAGGAUAUCAUAAAUUUCCGUAAUCAUGAUCUUACCUGUGAUAGCCGAUGUGAUUCCCCUCCAAAUAGCACGUUCACACGAAUGAUCUCUGAUCCAGAAGCUCUCAUGCAAAAGACACGUCAGGAGGUCUUGGGCUCCAAAUUAUCUCAACUUGCUCUUAACGGUGGAACCCUGAAAAUCUAUGGUGAAUUGAUUGACCCCAGUGUUCCCUAUAAGACACUCCUUCUAUCCACUCACGAUACUGUCGCUCAGGUCAUUCGAAAAGCUCUAGACAAAUAUGGAUUACAGUUUGCAGAUCCGUCGGCGUACUGUCUAGUUAUGCGGACCCGAUAUGCGAACGAGAUCCCAGGAAUGGAGGCUCAUGAGGAAAUGCUGAAAGAGGAUUUCUGUCCGUUGAAACUCCUGCUAUCGCCUGAAUUUUCUCCCGAAGGAAUAGUGACAACUUUCGAGGUUCGUGAUCCUCUUAUUAAAUCCUACUUGCGUUUUUGUUUAGCUCCGACCACGUUUGACUCGAAUUGA